AUGGACGCGCGGAGCCCGCUGUCUGCCCGGGCCAGCGCGUUCAGCAUCGCCUCUCUUGUUGCAGCCGAGGCCUCGGAGGGCGCCGCCCACCGGGGCCCCAGGCCCUCGGACCGGGCGAAACUUCGCCGGCUACCAGGAUCCCCAGCCGGGAUGCACUUCAGCACAGUCACCAGGGACAUGGAAGCCUUCGCGGCCAGCAGCCUGAGCGGCCUGGGAGCCCCGUCGCCUGGCGCCGACCCGUUCGGCCCGCGCGAACCGCCACCACCGCGCUACGAUCCGUGCGCCGCCGGCCCCGGUGCCCCGGGCCCGCCACCGCCGCGCGCCUACCCGUUCGCGCCCGCCCCUGGGGCGGCCAGCAGCUCGGCGGCGGAGCCCGAGGGUCCGGGGGCCACCCGCGCCGCCGCCGCCAAGGCGCCGGUGAAGAAGAACCCGAAGGUGGCCAGCGUGAGCGUGCAGCUGGAGAUGAAGGCGCUGUGGGACGAGUUCAAUCAGCUGGGCACCGAGAUGAUCGUCACCAAGGCGGGCAGGCGAAUGUUUCCCACUUUCCAAGUGAAGCUCUUUGGAAUGGAUCCCAUGGCUGACUACAUGCUGCUCAUGGACUUUGUGCCUGUGGAUGACAAGCGCUACCGGUAUGCCUUCCAUAGUUCCUCCUGGCUGGUGGCUGGCAAGGCAGACCCUGCCACACCUGGCCGAGUGCACUACCACCCUGACUCGCCGGCUAAGGGUGCGCAGUGGAUGAAGCAAAUCGUGUCUUUCGACAAGCUGAAGCUGACCAAUAACCUGCUGGAUGACAACGGCCAUAUUAUUCUCAACUCCAUGCACAGAUACCAGCCCCGCUUCCAUGUUGUCUACGUGGACCCUCGCAAAGACAGCGAAAAGUAUGCAGAGGAGAACUUUAAAACCUUUGUGUUUGAGGAGACACGCUUCACUGCGGUCACUGCCUACCAGAACCACCGGAUCACACAGCUUAAGAUUGCCAGCAAUCCCUUCGCCAAAGGCUUCCGGGACUGCGACCCCGAGGACUGGCCCCGGAACCACCGUCCCGGAACGCUGCCGCUUGUGAGUGCCUUUGCUCGUUCUCGGAACCCCGUGGCUUCCCCCACGCAGCCCAACGGCGCGGAGAAAGACGCGGCCGAAGCCCGGCGAGAAUUCGACCGUGACUCCGGACCCGCUGCGCUCGGUGACGCCGCGCAUCCGCCGCAGCUGCUGGCGCGCGUACUGAGCCCCGCACUCCCCGGGUCCGGCGGCCUCGUCCCGUUACCCGGAGCGUCCGGAGGCCGACAUAGUCCCCCACAUCCGGAGCUGCGCCUAGAAGCGCCGGGUGCGUCCGAGCCGUUGCACCACCAUCCCUACAAGUACCCGGCCGCUGCCUACGACCACUACCUCGGGGCCAAGAGCCGGCCAGCGCCCUAUCCGCUGCCCGGCCUACGCGGCCACGGCUACCAUCCGCACGCGCACCCGCACGCGCACCCGCACCACCACCACCACCCGGCGGUGAACCCCGCAGCCGCCGCCGCAGCCGCUGCAGCAGCAGCAGCCAACGUGUACUCGUCGGCGGCCGCGCCUCCGGGUGCCUACGACUACUGCCCCAGAUAG